AUGGCGUUGAGGCGCGGGAAGGACCGCGUAUCGGCCACCGGCUCUGAAGAGCUUCAGCUAUGGUACGCCGUACGCCAAAACCUUCGCACGCUCGAAAAGAUUCGCAUCGCAUCCGUCGACAAGGCGGCCACUGCGGAAGGACUGCGGACCGACAUAGUCUCGCUCAUCGAAAAGGGUGACAGGGGCGACGAAUACCGCACCAAGCGACGCAAGCUCGACGACGCCUGUCACGAUCUCACCAGUCGAACCAAGGAUGAAUUGGCAGCAAUUGACUCGGCGCAGGAGAAGCUCGGUAUCCUUGUGGCACUCCGCAGCUCAGCCGAUGGUGGUGGUUCACGCGGCUCCACUCCACGCAAAGACCUCGCAUCCAAAGUCAAAGCUGGCAAUGCCGGCACCCCUACGCCAUCAGGUAGGCGAUCCAACGUUCCACCCGGACCGUCCAACCUCAGCUCCUCCUCCAGCGCAGGUUCCACCGCGAAUCGAGGCAAACGAGAAACCCUCAUCGCUCAACACCCUCUCACCCAAGGUCGCAAAGUCGCCGUCCUGCCCAGCAAAACCAACGAAGAAUCCGACUGGCUCAAAGCAUCCGUCCUCUCUUACACAAAAUCCACAAACGAAUACACCGUACAGGACGACGAUGAACCAGGUCCCGACGGAACCUACAAAGUCGGCAUGGACAACAUCAUCCCGCUUCCCAUCAGCUUGCACACCAUGCCCGCCUCCGACUAUGCACCAGGUUCGCGCGUCCUAGGAAUGUACCCAGACACAAGCUGUUUCUACGGCGCAACCGUCAAGUCCGGCGGUCCAGGUCUGACCAGAAACGCAAACCUUGCUAAAUUGGUCAAGAAGGAGCCAGAGCUGUUGGAGGCAAAGUACAACCUCGAAUUCGACGAUGACAAUGGAGAGAUUCGUCAGGUCCCCGCUUGGCUCGUCGUGCAGAGUCCAGGCAUGUGA